AUGGAUGUGGAUCAAUUGGACCUGAAUCCAAGAAUUAUUGCAGCAAUUAAGAAGGCCCAGCUGCGGUCAGCGAGGGAGGUCCUGCGUCUCUCUGGACCAGACCUGCAGCGGCUGACUGGGCUCUCUGCCGUCGACGCCUGGCGGGUGCUGCAGGCGGCUUCCCAGUGCCUCCGGGGAAGCGAUGUCUUCACAGCACUCCAGGUGUACCAGCAGAAGGCGCAGUUCCCUGGGCAGCACCAGCGCCUGAGCCUGGGCUGCCCUGUGUUGGACCGCCUGCUCCGAGGCGGCCUGCCUCUCGAUGGCAUCACUGAGCUGGCCGGACGCAGCUCUGCCGGCAAGACCCAGCUGGCCCUGCAGCUCUGCCUGGCUGUGCAGCUUCCGCGGCAGCAUGGCGGCCUGGAGGCUGGGGCCGUCUACAUCUGCACGGAGGAUGUCUUCCCAGACCGGCGUCUGCAGCAGCUGAUCGUGCACCAGCCGCAGCUGCGGACGGAUGUACCAGGGGAGCUGCUGAGCAAGAUCAGAUUCGGGGAUCAGAUCUUCGUGGAGCACGUGGCUGAUGUGGACGCCCUGCUGGAGUGUGUGGGCCGGCGGAUCCCUGUCCUGCUGGCACGCGGCAUGGCCCGCCUGGUGGUGCUGGACUCGGUGGCCGCCCCAUUCCGCUGUGAAUUCGACAGCCAGGCCUCGGCCACCAGGGCUCGCCACCUCCAGACGCUCGGGGCCACGCUUCGCCGCCUGAGCUGCACCUUCCAGACCCCUGUGCUCUGCAUCAACCAGGUCACAGAGACGAUGGAUGAGCGGGGGCCUGCUGGGCCGCAAGGCUUCUCAGACGAGCGGGUCUCUCCGGCCCUGGGGACCACCUGGUCCAACCAGCUCCUGAUGAGGCUGACGACCGAGCGCGCUCACAGCGAGGAGGCACCGCCUGGCCCGCCGGCCCGCACCCUGCGGGUGGUCUUCGCACCCCACCUGCCCCCCACCUCGUGUUCCUACAUCAUUAGCGCAGACGGUGUGCGGGGGACGCCAGGGACCAAGUCCUGCUGACACAAUGUCCGCCUGGCCAGGUCCUGAGGCUCGCAUGUCUCCUCGGGGGACUGAAGACCUAAAGCUCUGACCCAUUGUCCCCUGGGGACAGUUACGACCUCUCCUUGUGCCAAAAGCCGCUCCAUCUCCUCCACAGGAAGGAAGGCCACGACCACGUAGGCAACCCCAUGGCCGAGAGCUGGGUGGCUGGCCACGUGCACAUCCACCCACUGCCACGGGAGACACAGGGAUCCACCAGGACUCAGCCUCAGGAGGGCUCCUACAGCGACAGUGCAGGUUCUGUGGGAACCCCGUCCCCAGGGGCCUCACAGGAAGCAGCUUUGUCUCCAUCACCAGCCCAGGAGCAGCACCCCCAGGUCACCCGGGGUCUCCUGGCCCAGCCUGCCCU